ACCCUAGAUAUGUACAAAAUAACAUUUAAUUUUAUUAUCCCAUGGUGCAGCUCGCAGAUCAGAGGUCAAGAAAAUGGCGGAAAAUAUUUCGUUGCUGCUGGAGAUGUGACGCCAACUUUUUGUUUUCAGGUGUAUAUUCCAGUUUUCGUCCUCAACGAAGCCUCAAUUUCACAGAUAUGGCAAACUGAAGGUCAGCCAUGGACAUCACCAGAGGCAGUCUAGAGAGCAUCACUAAACCGGCCCGUUCCAGUCGGUCGCGUCCCGACAGCAGGGUGUCCCUGAGUAGUGCCUCCUCCAGGAGGAGUUACACUGGAACAUCCAUGGGGUCGCUGGAAAUCCUCACCCCAGAGCCUCCACUGCUGCAGUAUGAGGAAGAGGAUAUAGAGCUUGAAGAGUACCUGUCCUCAGAUGACUCUGCCAAUGAGAGUGGAGAGGAGAGCGCCAGGUACCGACUGUCCAGCGAGCUGUCUGACGUGCCUCAGUAUGAUCGCAGCGGCGCCCUGAGUCUGGGCAGACAGAUGGAGGAAGCCUACAAGGCUGGGGUGGAGGCUGCGCAGAAGUCUAUAGCAGCCAGCCAGUUGAUUCCAAUAGGGCGGGAGAAUGGAACACCCGAUGAUGAUGAUGAUGUUUCUCUUAAUGAAAGUGGGACGGACUCUCCACUGCCCAUCACUGAUGGACAAGAUGAAGGGGAGGGUGGAGGAGAUGGUACUGAUGAGAGCACUGAGGACCCAAAGCUUCGAGCAGCCAUUAAAAAGAUGGAAAAACUUGAUCGUAUCUUAGCCAAGAAAAUGUUAAGGGAGAAAGAAGUUAAGAGACAGCGGAUGGACCUCUUCAAAAGGUUGAAGGAUGAGAUGGGUGAUAUCAAGCCUGAAGGACGGGAUGAGCAGAAGGAGGUGUCUCACAACACCAUGAAGUUCCUCGCUCUUGCACCUCCUGAAAGUCACAACCAAGUUGUUUACGAGGAAAACCCUGAGUUUGUGCCAGUGUUCCAGACUCAGGCUGAGGAGGAUGGACGGAGCACUGCCUCCAGUAAGGCUGGGACCCAGGCUACCACAGACAGGCCCUCUCACAGGGGCACAUCAGGUGGACAGAGUUCCCGCACUACUUCUCAGCAGAGCUCUGUUGCAGGUGCUGCUAGUGGCAAGGAGGAUCAAAGAAGAAGAAGACGGUCGAAGAAACAAUCACGCAGCAAGGGAGAAGGUUCUGGAGACAAAGAGAAACCCGAUUUCAUCAAGAGAAACAUUCAGUUGGCCUCAGAUGCGAACAGCCUGAUCGCCAUGACUGAUGAUGAGAAGAAGCGACUGGAGGAACUACUGGAGAACAUUGAUACAGAGGAUGACAGUCAGGCUGCAGACACACCUGUGAACCCGUUCCAGCUGGCCCUGGUCCCCGGCACUGGUUUCACACCUGAGGAGGACGACAUGAAGGCACUCCGAGAUAUCGACUCUAAACUACAGGUGUUGUUGCCACCACAUGAUUAUGAGUCGAUCUGCAGCACUCCCAGGAACUUCGACAUACAGAAUGAUGAGCUGUUCCAGAUGACGGACCUGCGCUCGUCGCUGGACGUGAUGCAGCUAGGCGAGCGUGUGCUGCGGGACACGCGGCAGGUCCGCGACCAGCAGCACCGCCUGCAGGACAUCGAGCGGGAGCUGGAGGAGCUGCAGACACAGGUGGAACAGGAGAUGGAGUCCCCCAGCCUGUCAGAGUACCAGUUACAGGCCCUGCUGGACCAGUGUGCCCAGGUGUCCUCCCGAGCCACCUCGGAGACCCAGUCCCUGCAGGAGUCCCUGUCCCCCAGGUCCCAGUCCCUACAGGAGUCCCUGUCCCCCAGGUCCCAGGCCUCCUCCAGAUCGUCCCGCCUCACCAUGGCUUCUGUAGAAACACCCAGGCUGCCGGAGGAUACCCUCAGGAAGCUGCUGGAUGAAGCCAGCAAGUCAGUACGAGUGAGACAUGAAGAGUCUGAGUCUGAGGAGCAAGGCCAACCUUCCUACAUGGAGAUGGCAGAGGGAGCACUAGGCAGGAGACUGGCUGUGUUAGAUGUGAAUGGGGAUGUGGACAGGCCAGCUGAAGAUGCCUCCUCCCAGCCUCAAGGGGACGACUCCUCCUACCUAGCCCGGGCGCAGGCCAUGCUGGCUGCUAGGAAACAAGACAUACUAGUUGAAUCAGUGUCGGAGGACACCAUACAGGAACUACUGCAGAAUCCACGCGCAACAUCGCAGUCGUCCUGUCGGAGCUCCCGACCCCCGUCCAGCUGCAGCAGUCCCAGAACCCCCAGGGGGUCCGCGGAGUCGGCCGUGUCUCCGCGUAGGCCUGCCGCAGCGCCGCAGGAGGGCCCCCCACAAGUGGGCAUCUCGCUGGAGCAGGGCAGCGGAGGUGGGACACGUGAGACAGAUUUAAUGCAUGGUGAGCCGGGGCAGGAUUAAGUCUUCCAGGGUUGUCCGGUAAUUUCCUGUCCCGCGAUCAUCUGUCCUUGGUGUCCCAGACAUCACGGCAUGACGCAGUGUCCACUCUGCCACCCCUGGCCCAAAACUCUGUCCCCUGCAUUGGAGCUGAUUAAUUCGUUGAUUAAUCUCAUGGGGAAUUUGUUAAGCAGGUGUACUGAGGGGGACACAGGUCAGCACGGGAUGCUGGCAGGGUGCCCACUGCCAAGGUUAGCAGUUAUACUGCUGCAGGGAAGAUGGUCGUCACUGCUGAUAGUCAGAGCUGCUAUUACUGCAAAAUAGCCUGUUUGAUACCUAAUGUCCACCAAAAGCAUGUACAUUUUAUAUUAAUAGGUGUAAAAAUUCUGUGAACAUUGUGUUGAAAAACAAGCCAUUGUGUUGUUAAGCUGUACAUACUUACCUUGCACUUGUACUUUGUGAAAAUAUAUUUGCUGCUCUGGCAGAAACGAUACUUCAUUCUGCUGUUUAUCUAAGCUGGCACGCUCCCAAUGACACUGUCAUCCCGGAUUGUACUGUAAAUAGUAGUCAGUGUAAUAAAGUGUCACCUGAGACAUCU